AUGGAUCAAAUGCAGGGUAUGGAGGAUCCAUUCAUCUCAGCUGCCGACAUGUUCCUGUUGGAACGAUGGCAGGAAGAUUCUCCCGUUUCUCCCGAGGUCCAGCGGGAGAAGAUUUUUGCCGAAUUUCUGACCCUCGGCGUCAACGGGGCUAGCCUUACAAAGAUCAUACUAAGACAGCGUGGUCCCCCGUUGGUCGAAUUUGACGCGGAGGAGCGAUGGUUACUGAACCGUGUGCGCCGGCCGGCAACCGAACGUUUUCGUGAAGGGGUGCCCUGGCUCCGCACGUGUUAUGAGCCCUCAAGAGAAGCUGCCUUUUCCAGUAUAGUUAGCAGGCUGAAGCGCCAGUUGGGGCGUAAAGUAAACAUUCUGGAUAAUCCCGCAAUAUACGGCUUUGGGGCCGACUGGUAG